CUCGUCUCGUUUCUCUUGCAAGCUCCAGCUCACUCUCGCUACCUUCCUGCUGCUUUCCUCGACCUUCUCUUCUUCCCCUGUGCCAUUGACCUCUCGCGUGGCUGAUUGUCUCGGGCCUGGCCCAUCGCGGUGACCGCUCCUUUCCUGCCAGCUCGCUACACGCCAUGAGCGCGGUGCUGCUCCGGAGUCGUCCGGACCCUCACGCCCUGAAAAGAAUCGGUCUUGUAUCACGUCGAUUCCAGUCGUCGAGGCCCCCCGCCGCAGCCGGACUCGCGGCGUCUCGUUCCCGGCUCCCAGCAACCCAAUGUCUGGCCUCGCGUGCCUUCUUCAACCCCCGGUUCUCAGCCCGGCACAACUCCACCGCAACCGAACCUGACACCCUGCCAAAACCCUCCUCCCUUCGCAAUGCCCUCUUCAAGUCCUUCGCGUACUGCGGGUUCUUCAUCGUGGCGAGCGGCGCCGCCGUCGUGGCCUUCUUCGUCUACGAUGCCACGACGUACCGCGAGAGCUCUAGCGCCGCGGACAUCCCGGUUUCGGAACUGGCGCUUAACCCCCGCCGCGGCGGGCCCAAGAACCUCCCCAUCGCGGAGUUCUUGAUCGACGAUAAUGAUUCGGAGGGUAAGCAGCUGCAGAAGGACAAGCCGCGCCUGGUGAUCCUGGGCACGGGCUGGGGGAGCAUCGCCCUACUCAAACAGCUCAACCCCGGCGAUUACCACGUCACCGUGGUGUCCCCAACCAACUACUUCCUGUUCACGCCCAUGCUGCCGUCUGCUACAGUGGGCACGCUGGGGCUGAAGUCCCUGGUCGAGCCGGUCCGUCGCAUCAUCCAACGGGUCAAUGGACAUUUCCUCAAGGCCGAGGCCCAAGACGUCGAGUUCUCCGAGAAGCUGGUCGAAGUGUCCCAAAUAGACGACAAUGGCAAGGAGCAGCGAUUCUACCUGCCUUAUGAUAAGCUGGUCGUUGGUGUCGGCUGUGUAACAAACCCCCACGGCGUCAAGGGCCUCGAGAACUGCCACUUCCUGAAGUCGAUCGACGAUGCGCGCCAGAUCAAGAACAAGGUGCUGGAUAAUAUGGAACUGGCCUGUCUGCCCACCACCAGCGACGAGGAGCGCAAGCGUCUGCUGUCGUUCGUUGUCUGCGGUGGAGGCCCGACGGGCGUGGAGUUCGCCGCGGAGCUGUUCGAUCUGCUCAACGAGGACCUCCUGCACUCCUUCCCCAAGAUCCUGCGCAAUGAGAUCUCCGUCCAUAUCAUCCAGAGCCGCAGUCAUAUCCUGAACACUUACGACGAGGCGCUGUCUCGCUAUGCGGAGUCCCGCUUCGCUCGAGACCAUGUCGACGUGUGCACGAACGCCCGCGUCGCCGAAGUCCGCGGCGACAAGGUCCUCUUCACGCAAGAGGAGGACGGCAAGCGCGUGCUGAAGGAGAUCCCCAUGGGCUUCUGUCUGUGGUCUACUGGCGUUGCCCGCGCCGCCCUCUGCAACCGCCUCUCCGCUAAACUGGAGUCUCAAAACAACAAACACGCCCUCGAAACCGACUCGCACCUACGCCUCAUCGGCGCGCCGCUCGGCGACGUCUACGCGAUCGGCGACUGCUCAACGGUGCAAAACAACCUGGCCGACAACAUCGUGUCCUUCCUGCGCACCAUCGCAUGGGAAAAGGGCAAGGACCCCGAAAAACUGCACCUGACCUUCCGCGAGUGGAAAGACAUCGCCAGCCGCAUCAAGAAACGCUUCCCGCAGGCAUCCAACCACCUCCGCCGCGCCGACAAGCUCUUCGAACAAUACGACAUCGACCACUCCGGCACCCUCGAAUUUGGAGAACUCUCCGAACUCCUCCACCAGAUCGACACGAAACUCACCUCCCUCCCCGCCACUGCCCAGCGCGCCAACCAGCAGGGCGAGUACCUCGGCCGCAAGCUCACCAAGAUCGCGGCCGCGCUGCCCGGCAUGCAGGCCAACCAGAUCGAUUACGGGGAUCUGGACGAGGCCGUCUACAAGGCCUUCAAGUAUAAGCAUCUCGGCAGCUUGGCGUAUAUCAGCAACGCCGCCAUCUUUGAUUUCGGCGGCCUGAAUUUCAGUGGUGGCGUCUUGGCCAUGUAUCUCUGGCGCAGUGUUUAUUUUGCCGAGAGUGUCAGUUUUAGGACCAGGUGUAUGUUGGCCAUGGAUUGGGCCAAGAGGGCUCUUUUUGGGAGAGAUCUCAUGAGCUUCUAAGCCUACUUACUCCCCCCUCCCCUCCCUCCCCUCUUUUCUUCACCGCUCGAUACUCCUCCGUACGAUACGAUAAUAUAGAUGAAAUACAG